UUGAAAUAUCGACAUUUAAUCAAAUACUAUUUCACUUAUUAUUUUCAUACAUUGAAAAUCUUACAUUGGUGUAAAUUUAGUUAUAGUUCAUCAAUCUAUAUAGAACAAACAUUGAAUACAUCAAUGGAUGAUAUAAUUCAGACUGAAUUGAAUGAAAUGAAAACUACUGAUAAAGAAAUAAGUAGUGAACAUCAUCAACAACAACAGCGACGACGACAACGACGACAACAACAACAGACUAUAAUGAAAGCUGAAUAUCAAGAUGAGUAUCAAAGAAUUCCUAGUCUUUAUUGUUGUUCAUGUAUUCAUCAAACUAUUCUAUUAAAAUGAUGUAAAUAAAUGAUAAAUAACGAAUGUUUGUACAUGAUUUGUGAAAAGUUGACAAUUGAAAUCAUUCUCAUAAGUUCACUUCUGCCAUGAUUAUCAAAUUACACUCUAUUCCUAAUCAACUACUUUAAAUAAACUGUUGAAAAUCGAAUUGACAUAUCUGAUAUACACCAUUUUCUAAUCAAUGAACUACAUAAUAAUGUAUUAUGAUGUGUACUACUAAUAUGGAUAGAUAUAAGUAGUAUGGAUUAUUCAUCAAAAAGUGAAAUAUCUGACAGUAGAUAAUUAAAAAGAUCAAUAACAAGAGAAUGAUGUGGAAACAAAAGAAUAAUGAAUUCUGAGACAAUUGAUUCAUCUUUUGCAUAUGAAGUAAUUACUGUAGGACUCUUAGAGUUUACUAAGACCUUCUGUAAUAUUGUGUUCAAAUACAUUUGC